AUGACUUAUCGAUUUUGCUUAUUUCUCUCUCUUUUCUCUCUCUCUCUCUCUUUCUUGUUCUCUCUCUCUCUCUUCCACCCCUUUUCUUUUCUCUUUCUUUCUCUCUCUUUCUCCUCUCCCUCUCUCUCUUUCUUACAUUCACCUCUCUUUCUCUUUCGCUAUCUUCCACUCCCUUUUCUUUUCUCUUUCUUUCUCUCUCUUUCCCUCUCUCUCUCUCUUUCUUACAUUCCCUUCUCUUUCUCUCUACCAUUCACUUCUCUCUCUCUCUGUUUAUUCCAUUCACUUCUUUUUCUCUCUCUCUCUCCACCUCUCCCUGUCUUUCUUACAUUCACUUGUAGUUCUCUUUCCCUCUCUCGCGCAUUCAUUUCGCUCUCUCUUCCAUUCACUUCUUUUUCUCUCUCUCCCACACUCUCUUUUACAUUCACGUCUCUCUCCUUCUCUUUCCCAUUCACUGCUCUCUCUCGCUCCCCAUUGCUUCCAUUUAAUGCUCUCUCUCUCUCUCUUUCUUACAUUCACUUCUCUUUCUCUAUCUCUCUUCCAUUCACUUCUCUUUCUCCCUCUCUCUUCCAUUCACUUCUCUUUCUCACUCUCCCUCCCUCUCUCUUUUUAUAUUCACUUCUCUUUCUCUCUCUUCCAUUCUGUCUCUCUCUCCAUUUCACUUUCUUGCAUUCACUUCUCUUUCUCUCCCUCUUUCUUUCAUUCACUUCUAUUUCUCUUUCUCUCUCUCUUCCAUUCAUGCUCUUCUGCUGCUGUAGCCCAUCUGCUUCAAGGCUCAAUGCACUGAGCAUUUAG